GGUCCGUUUCACGUGUGGUAUAAAUCUAACACACGUCCGUCCCCCCACCUCCACCCCACAAAAACGCGACUCUUCCCAUUGGCUGUGUCCUGGUCUUUAUACAUUGAUGAGGUAUAGGACCAACAAAAAAAAAAUCGACUGUCAUUUCGAUCAGCUGUGAGAGGGAGACGGCAGCCCCAAGGAUCUGCAAAGACAGGUGGGCGUGGCAGAGACGGUCAUCAGGAGAGUGGGGACACCUGUGUCAAUUAGUAGCACUGGAAGCACGUGUGCCAGUGCUCUCUCUUAAAAGGCCCUCUGGUCUGAGCUGGUCCCCUUCUCUGGAGACACCUGUUUGGCUCUCUGUUCAAAAUUAUGACAUGGGCCCUCUCCUGGUCCACCACCGGUACUUGCUGCUGAUCUGCAUGCUGGCCUGUUGGAGUCCUGCAGUCAACGGGUUGUUUGAGUGGCUGAAAGGAACGGAGGCGCCUCCAGCAGCAGCAGCAGCAGCAGGACCUCCUCCUCCUCCAUCUGCAGCAGAAGUCCCAGCACUUCUUGCAAAGGAUGCCCGGUUUGAGAUGACGACUGCAGAUGAGAGGUUUUUGGCUGAGUCAAAGCUGAUGGAGCUCAGCCCAUUGGACAGCUGUCAUUACAGGGUGGUGGCCCAGCUGAAGGCGAGCUGUGAACGCCUCCCGGAGGAGCAGCUCGCGAAGCUCGGAGUCGUACUGUUUAAUUGCCAGGCGGAGACGGAGGGGCGCCGGACCUACCCGUGUACAGAGCAAAUGACUAUUAAAGAGUGCACAGCAGACAUGGAUUCAGACACGUGGAACGCCUACCACAUCGUGAGCAACAGGGCGCGCUCUGUUUGUUACGCGACGCGGCAGCAGCUCUUCCGGCGCCGAGCGGAGCAAACUGUAAACGCUCUCAUCUCCACGGCCACGAGCCAGCUCGAUACAAUGAAGGACCUGAAGGAGGGCCAGCUGGCGCUGAAGGAACUGACCGCAGCCUCCUUGGACAAGCUGUUGGACGGUCACGGUGCUCUGCAGGCCCAACAGGGGAAGCUGUACGAGGGCCAGGGGCAAAUGGAGAGUUCAAUGAGGGACAACCUGGAGCGUCUGGGCCAGGAAAAGGCCCUCAUUGCCUCUGGACAGGAACUGGUAGCCCAGCUCAUUCAGGGCAUUACAAAGAGAAUGGAGAAUGUGAGUGAACGCCUGCAGGUCCAAGGCUCAGAGGUGCAGGACAGCCACAAAGCGAUUGUUAAAGACCUCACAGAUGUCAGACACCAAGCUCAGGACAUCCACCAAAAAAUUGAUCACAGUAUGUCAGAGUUUCUGCGGUACCAGGACCAGACCUCGCAGUACUACACUGACCUGAUGAACCAACUGGAGCGCAUGAACGGCACCUUGGGAGCCACGCUGCACUACCUGGAUGACAUGCAGAGCCGGAUUGAGGAGAGGCUUCACAUGAUCCAGGGCUACCUUGGCUGGGCAGGUUUGAGCCUGACAGCCAUGUGGACGUGUAUCGCACACACGGGCUACUUUGUCCUGUGCGCCGUGCUGCUGACGUUCCUGCGUUGUCCCGGUUUCUCUCGAGCCGCGCUGCUGCUCACCGUGUCUCUCAACGCGGUGGCCGAGGUCAACCAGCAGCCGGCGCUGGAUCUCACCGGCCUCAGCCUGCUGCUGCUCAUUCUCGCUCUGGGUCACUGGUUUGUCAGUCAGUUGUGGGCGUGCCUCCAGAUCAGAGUAAAGCCGGCCUCCGCGCUGCCACUGGCCCCAUGUGACGUUGUGGAGCCACUGAAGCAGCCAGUCUCAUCCGGCCACUCGUAUCCAACGUCGUCCACACCGCAGAAAGAUAAAAACAAUUGCUUCAUGGCGCAAGAUGACCUGUUGAAUCAAGACAGCUUCACAUCAGGUAACUUUGGCAUUUCUGCAGUGUCUCCUCCUCACCGGAUCCCAGAGUCCAGGUUCAUGCCGAUUGUUAAUCACUCCACUCCCCGGCUCCCACCACAACCAGUUCUUUCAGCGGCUCUGGUUGCUGAUGUCCCCCCAAGAAACCUCGGAGGUCUUUUUGAUGCAGUGAGCGGCUCUCAUGAAUUCGCAAACAACUCACGAAGUGCGAGUCCGACCCCGUCGCACGUCAGCAACAGCUCUCUAUCGGGCCGUCAGCUGUGCAAUGGGGUCACAAAGACGGGGAAGCCCUGUAAGAAGAGAGCCGUGCCAGGACAGGAGUACUGCAGAGUCCACGAAGGAGGGCACACCUCUUAUGUUAAAUGAGCACUACACUUUAAAUCUUUUAUUGCCAUGUUUUUAAACUGUUCUGAGUCUGUAUGUUGCUAGAGGGCCUGCUCUGCAAAAUAGUCAACUUUAUUAUGAUGUCAUUGUAAAUUAUUCUGUUCUCUUUUUUUAAAAUAAAUUAUUUCUUUGCCUAAUUCAA